AUGGGCAAUGCAGAAUCCACUGACUCAUUGACAGCAAAACAUCGGGCCCAUUCGCAAUCACCAGUACGUGAACCAGGAGUUGCACGCGUACCCUCUGCACCAAAAGAAAACGGACCCCGUCGGUGCAUGACCGAACGACCUCCACGGCGCUCAAAGACGUGCCGAAGUCGGAAUUCGCGGAAGAAGGUUGUAUGCAGCGUGACGGGCCUGACGUUGCACCAAAAGGCGUUGCUAACGCGGAAAUGGAAUCGAAUGGAAUCUGGCACAGUUUACGAAUUGGGCAGGCGGAUGUUUGAGAGCAUUUUCACCGAAAAUCCUCACUAUCUGGCCUACCUUGAUCUCAAAGGAGAACCAAACUGGAGGAACCACAUCAACUUCAAAAUUCAUGUU